AAGCGCCUCUCCCCCGCUCUAUAAACGUCGUCCUUCUCAACUUCAACGCUCAAUGCUCUUCUUAUGAACCCCCCUCUCUGUGUCAGUCCACUGGCAGAAAGAAAGAAUCUUUACUAGGAGUAUUAUUUUUGAUACGUAAAAGAAACCAGACUAAAUUGGACUAUUGUGAUGGAGUUAACCUUUUACUCAAUAAAACCCCAAGUUUUAUCCUUGAGUGAUACUAGUAAGAGAAAUUAACCCCCAGACCUUUAAGGGUUCGCUCCGAAUAUGAUGCUAAAGUCAAUGGAGCUCUUUCUGCUGACUCUGAUCCUCGUUUUCUUGACCGGCAAAAAGCAUUGGAAACAGCAAUGAAUGACAUAAACAACUCAUUUGGGAAAGGAAGUGUUACAAGACUUGGCGGUGCAGGCGGGGCCUUGGUUGAAACUUUUCCAAGUGGCUGCUUGACAUUAGACAUUGCUUUGGGUGGUGGCCUCCCCAAAGGGAGAAUCGUGGAGAUUUAUGGACCGGAAAGUAGUGGAAAGACCACUCUUGCACUCCAUGCAAUUGCAGAAGUACAGGUACACUGUGUAUCUAAAUUGCUAUUCUGUACGUACAUGAACUAUGCAGGGACAAUCACAGAUGUACAUUCAUUGCUGGUUUCUCCCUUUCCCUUUUUGGGUUGGGGUUGGGAAUCAAGGCUGGAAAAGAAGCUAGGCGGUAAUGCAAUGCUUGUCGAUGCUGAGCAUGUUUUUGAUCCAGCUUACUCAAAGGCAUUGGGGGUAGAUGUAGAAAAUUUGAUUGUCUGCCAACCUGAUAAUGGAGAGAUGGCUCUAGAGAUUGCGGAUCGCAUGUGUAGAUCUGGUGCUGUGGAUCUCAUUUGCAUUGAUUCAGUGUCAGCUCUUACCCCACGAGCUGAAAUAGAAGGAGAAAUUGGAAUGCAACAAAUGGGUUUGCAGGCAAGGCUUAUGAGUCAAGCUUUGCGUAAAAUGUCAGGCAAUGCUUCAAAAGCUGGAUGUACUCUUAUUUUCCUGAAUCAAAUAAGAUACAAGAUUGGUGUAUACUAUGGAAACCCUGAAGUCACUAGUGGAGGGAUUGCUUUGAAGUUCUUUGCAUCAGUUCGACUUGAGAUACGGCCUAUUGGGAAGAUAAAGUCUGUCAAGGGAGAUGAAGAGAUUGGUCUUAAGGUUCGUGUACGAGUUCAAAAGAGUAAGGUUUCGAGGCCUUACAAGCAAGCUGAAUUUGAAAUCAUAUUCGGAGAGGGUGUUAGCAAGUUGGGUUGUGUUUUGGAUUGUGCUGAAAUAAUGGAUAUUGUGCUAAAGAAGGGCUCAUGGUAUAGCUAUGCGGAUCAGAGGUUGGGGCAAGGAAGAGACAGAGCAUUACAGUACUUAAAAGAAAACCCCUUACUGAGUGAAGAAGUAGAGAAGAUGGUUCGCUCUGCCAUGGCAGAGGGAGUUGGACACGUAGGCUCAUCUUACAUGAAAUUGACACCUCCACAGCAUGAAGAUGAAGAUAUUUUCCAUGAGAUGCAACGACAAUGAUGAAAUGCUUCACGUUACUGAGAUCUGGAUGAUUGGAUGGAAGAAUUGAGAGCAUAGGUUACAUUGUUCCAUGACAAAACAAUGUGAAUUGGUGCGGUUCACGUCAGUCGGUAAAGGCUUACAGGUGACGGGGAGAGUAACAACUUGGAGUUCAUGCUCAUAUGAGAUUUGUUUGACAAUGUAGACGUAUUUUGUCAUCAAUUUUGGGGAAGAACAAGUUCAUUUAGUUUAGUACCCUAAUGAGGAAUGUACAGUUUACUGGGACUUGGAGGGCAUUGAGGGGGUGCUGGGAGGGUUACAUGUUGUAAUAUUCAUAUCCUCUUUCCAAAGACAGUUUGAACAUUCGCAUAAAAUUUUUAAUGAUAUUGAGUGAGCAAGUUUUCU